AUGUGGCCGAUAUCCUCAUCUUCAAAUUCAGACAACGAUGACGAAAAUAUUAUCAUUCGUCGAAGAAGAAUAUUCCGUCCAAGAAUUAAUAAUAAUUUUAUUGCUGAAUAUGAAUACAACGAACGAUUUAGAAUGAACUCAGUGAAGUUGGAGUAUAUUGUCAGCCGUAUAGAGCAUCUUCUAGUUCAUCAUGCAAACAGAAAUCAUGCAUUAUCCCCUAUUCAACAAAUACAUUUAUGCUUGUAUUUUUUGGGAAGUGGUACUCAGUAUCACGCUAUUGGUUACAUGCAUGGUGGAUCAAAAGCUACUGUUUGUCGUGUAGUAAGAAAUGUGACAAAAGCUAUAAAUGAGGUACUUUUAGGUACGAUGGCCUAA